AUUGUGGGUACAGACAUGGCAGACAAGCAGAAGCAUGAAGGGCGGGUGAAGAUCGGCCACUACCUGCUGGGGGACACGCUGGGAGUCGGCACCUUCGGCAAAGUGAAAAUGGGUGAGCACCAACUAACAGGACAUAAAGUGGCCGUGAAAAUCCUGAACCGGCAGAAGAUUCGGAAUUUAGAUGUUGUUGGCAAAAUUAAGCGUGAAAUUCAAAAUCUCAAGCUCUUUCGUCACCCGCACAUUAUCAAACUGUACCAGGUUAUCAGCACUCCCACCGAUUUCUUCAUGGUGAUGGAAUACGUAUCUGCUGGAGAACUAUUUGAUUAUAUCUGCAAACACGGGAGGGUGGAAGAAUCGGAGGCAAGGCGUCUGUUCCAGCAGAUUCUCUCUGCCGUGGAUUAUUGUCACAGACACAUGGUCGUUCACCGUGACCUGAAACCCGAGAACGUGCUGUUGGAUGGACACAUGAAUGCCAAAAUCGCAGAUUUCGGACUGUCUAACAUGAUGUCAGAUGGAGAAUUUCUGCGCACCAGCUGUGGAUCUCCAAAUUACGCAGCCCCAGAAGUCAUAUCUGGAAGACUGUACGCCGGGCCUGAAGUUGAUAUAUGGAGCUGCGGUGUUAUUCUUUAUGCCCUCCUCUGCGGGACGCUGCCGUUUGAUGAUGAACAUGUUCCAACGCUAUUUAAGAAAAUACGAGGAGGAGUAUUUUAUAUCCCCGAGUACCUGAAUCGCUCUGUUGCGACCUUGUUAAUGCACAUGCUACAGGUUGACCCACUAAAACGUUCCACAAUCAAAGAUAUAAGAGAACAUGAGUGGUUCAAGCAGGACUUGCCCAGUUACUUGUUUCCUGAAGAUCCCUCAUAUGAUGCCAAUGUGAUAGACGAUGAAGCUGUGAAGGAAGUGUGUGAUAAGUUUGAAUGUACGGAGUCGGAGGUCAUGGCCAGUCUGUACAGUGGAGAUCCUCAGGACCAGCUUUCAGUGGCGUAUCAUCUGAUUAUAGACAAUCGAAGAAUAAUGAACCAAGCUACUGAAUUCUACCUCGCCUCUAGUCCACCAGCCACCUCAUUUAUGGAUGAAACUACUCUGCACAUCCCACAUGGAGUCAAACCACAUCCCGAACGAAUGCCUCCAUUGAUAGCAGACAGUCCAAAGGCAAGGUGUUCAUUGGAUGCGUUGAAUACUACCAAACCCAAGCCUCUGGCUGUGAAAAAAGCAAAAUGGCAUCUGGGGAUUCGCAGCCAGAGUAAGCCGUAUGAUAUCAUGGCGGAGGUUUAUCGAGCAAUGAUACAGCUUGACUUUGAAUGGAAAGCAGUGAACCCAUAUCACCUUCGAGUGCGAAGAAAGAAUGUCGUCACUGGGAACUACUCCAAGAUGAGCCUCCAGCUGUACCAGGUGGAUAACCGUAGCUAUCUGCUGGACUUUAAAAGCAUCGAUGAUGAAGUCAUGGAGCAGAAGUCUGGCUCCUCGACUCCCCAGAGGUCCUGUUCUGCAGCCGGCCUUCACAGACCAAGGCUGAGCAUUGAUUCCUCUACAGCAGAAUGCCUGUCACAGAGUGGACCUGUCUUUGGCUCCUUCACAGGAAGCUUUGCAUUGGCCAGCCCACGCUUAGGCAGCCACACCAUGGACUUCUUUGAAAUGUGUGCCAGUUUGAUCACCACAUUAGCUCGUUAAGUGGCAGUAACUUUAAUUACUGGGGCACUGAAGAACAUAAACCUACUGAUUAAUUUAGUGAAUGCACAAAACAUACAAAUACUUUUUUUUUUUUUUAAGGAAACAUAGCAGAAAAGGCCUGUGCCAAUUUAUAGUAAGCAGAGGAUUUAUUUCCAGUAUGCUAAUUUAUUAAUAGAAUUGCAAAUUACAUUUUAUUUAUUUUGAUAUUAUAAUAGUUAUAUUAUAGCACAUUUUAUUUUUAUAAGUGCAUUUCCCUUAUUUUAAGAGCCUAAAAGAGUGAUGUUUUAGAUAAGCAUUAUUUGUAUUCUUUUAAUGGUAGAAUGUUUUAAAACAGAUUUUAUAUUUAGCGAGAUUUCCAGUGAUGUCACGAGUGCUGCUUUUACUAUAAAAAUCACUGGAUCACAAUUAUAAAAGUUGUACUUGAAUGUUUAUGGGAGAUGUAUCCCACAAAUACCUGCAUACCUUACAGCCUUCCUAAAUCCUACCAACUAAUCCUAUCCCCAGCCUUCCUAAAUACUACCAACUAAUCCUAUCCCCUGCCUUCCUUAAUCCCACUAA